UCUCUGGCCGUUUAGUUCAGUUUGAAUCGAACACGAAGCGACGGCGGUGGCGGUAGCUUGAAUCUAUUACGAGAUCAGCAGUUGUUACUGAAGUGCAAAAAUUAUAUCUUAAAAGUGUUUUUUUUUCUGCAAAUCUGCUUUAUUAUUUAACUGAAUUUUGUGCAUUUUUUUUCGAUAAAUUUACAUUUUUUUUUAAAUACUCGAAGGUAUUUUUAUUGUGAGAUAACAAGUGAAUGGCAAAAUAAAAGUGAAGAAAUAAAGUGAUAAUCAAUUUCUUGUUUUUUCUUCUACCACAGAAGUGAUCUUCAAGAAAUAUCCAAAGGAUUACAUCCAGUACAUUUAUUUAAAGGAUUUCGAUAAAACAAAUUUUUGUCUUCGAUAUGAAAAUAAUCAACAAAUAAACAACCUUAAAAGGGAAUGCACAGAGCUAGCUCAAUUAUCUUAUAAUGCGUCAUCGAAAAAUCUUCCAAAGCUUAAAGGGUUCAAGAAAAUUAAUUCACUGACGUAAAAUUCUUCAAAUUUCAAUAAAAAAUCAAAAACAAUAACAACAACGUUACACAUAUUGUGAAGCUUCAAAAUGGUUUUGAACCUUCUUUUAAUUACAACUGUGAUAAAGUCUACAUUUGGAGUGGUCACGACUGGACUAUGGCUCAUACCGUUGAUGCUAGCAGCCAUUACCUUUUAUCGCUAUGACAGUAUAGACCCAGAGUCAAGGCCAAUUGACCAAAGCCGGCUGUAUAUGGAGUAUGAUUUCAUUGUGAUCGGAGGUGGUUCAGCAGGAGCCGUUGUUGCCAACAGGUUGUCUGAGAUUUCAUCGUGGAAUAUUCUCCUUCUAGAAGCUGGUCCGGAUGAAAAUGAAAUAUCUGAUGUGCCAUCACUUGCAGCUUAUUUGCAGCUGAGCAGGUUAGACUGGCAAUACAAGACAGAACCAAGUAACAAAGCAUGUCUUGGAAUGGUUAAUAACCGCUGCAACUGGCCAAGAGGGAAAGUUCUGGGAGGGUCUAGUGUUUUGAACUAUAUGCUGUAUGUUCGAGGCAAUCGAAAUGAUUACGACCAUUGGGAGUCUCUGGGCAACCCUGGAUGGGGGUAUGACAAUGUCUUGCAUUACUUCAAAAAGUCUGAAGACAACCGAAAUCCAUACCUAGCCAACAAUCCCUAUCAUGGAAAGGGAGGUCUAUUGACUGUGCAGGAGUCUCCAUGGCAUUCACCGUUAGUGGCAGCAUUUGUUGAAGCUGGUAAUGAGAUUGGUUAUGAGAAUAGAGACAUAAAUGGCGAAAAGCAGACAGGUUUUAUGAUUGCUCAGGGAACCAUUCGGCGAGGAAGUAGAUGCAGCACAGCAAAAGCUUUCCUGCGACCAGUUAGACUGAGGAAAAACUUGCACGUAUCACUGAAUUCCCAAGUCAACAAGAUCCACAUUGAUCCAGAGACAAUGCGAGCUUCAACAGUAGAGUUUACCAAAAAUGGACGAAUAUAUCGAAUCAGAGCGAGAAAGGACAUAAUUCUAUCAGCUGGUGCCAUCAAUAGUCCACAAAUUCUCAUGCUUUCUGGUCUCGGUCCAAAGGAGCACCUCGAAGACAUUGGAAUUCCAGUUUUAAAAGAUUUGCCAGUUGGUGAUAAUCUUCAAGAUCACGUCGGCAUGGGUGGAAUGUCUUUCUUAGUCGACAAACCAGUUGCCAUUAUUCAAGACCGUUUUAAUCCAACUUCCAUAACUCUUCAAUAUGUUCUUCGAGAGCGAGGACCUAUGACAACAUUGGGUGGAGUAGAAGGACUAGCCUUUGUGCAUACUAUUUACUCAAAUCGAUCAAUCGAUUGGCCGGAUAUUCAAUUUCACAUGGCACCAGCUUCUGUCAAUUCGGAUAAUGGAGCUCGGGUUAGGAAAGUUCUCGGGCUCAAGGACUCGCUUUACGAUGAAGUUUAUGAUCCAAUAGCUAAUAAGGACACUUGGACAAUAAUGCCACUACUUUUACGACCCCGAUCAAGAGGAUGGGUUCGUUUGCGUUCCAGCAAUCCCGAUCACUAUCCCCUCAUCAAUGCAAAUUACUUCGAUGAUCAAUUUGAUGUCAAGACCCUUGUCGAAGGAGCUAAAAUAGCAAUUAGAGUUUCUGAAGCCAAAGUUUUUAAACAAUUCGGAUCCAGGCUACACCAAAUACCCCUGCCAAAUUGUAAACAUCUGAGAUUUCUCUCAGAUGAGUAUCUUGAAUGUCACAUUCGAACUAUUUCAAUGACAAUCUAUCAUCCUUGUGGAACAGCCAAAAUGGGCCCAGCAUGGGAUCAAGAAGCAGUUGUCGACCCACGUUUGCGGGUCUAUGGUGUGAGAGGUCUUCGUGUUAUCGACGCUAGUAUAAUGCCAACGAUAAGUAGUGGCAAUACAAAUGCUCCAGUUAUUAUGAUCGCUGAGAAGGGAGCCGAUUUAAUCAAAGAAGAUUGGCUAACCAAUCCGGAAUAUAAAAAUGCUGAUGCUUAUCAGAGCUAGUUAAGCGAAACGAAGAACUAAUUGUGCCAUUGAUUGGUAACAGGAAUAUGUUCCUCAAUUAUGAAUGAAUGAUUUGUUGUUUUUUUUUUUUUUUUUAAUUUUUUGUUUAAAAUUUGUAUAGGGAAUGAAUGAAAUUCGAAAAAAAGUCAUAAUAAUUAUUUUAUAUAUAUUUUUUUUUUUUUGUUAAAUAGUUUUAAAAAGUUUAUUUAUUUUUUUAAAUGUAUAUUUAGAGUUUAUGUUAAUAAAAAUUAAGAAUAAUGAGAAACUAAGUAUUUUUGUUGCUGUUUAAGUCGACUGAGUUUUUUUCUC